GUGAGCUUAGUGUUGCAGAACGUUAUACUGAUUCAAUUGGUUUCCGAUGUUUUAAUACACCCGCAUAAUGGGAGCUCUGGAAAACAUCAAGGAUUUUCGGAAAUAUUCCAAUCAAUAUCUGGCUGCCUUCACAGGCACACUUCUGACAUUCUCCGUCAUUGCAUCGUACGGUUGGACGUCACCGACACUUCCGAUUCUACUCGCUGAUGAUUCCCCACUGCCGAUAACUUCGGACGAAAGCUCAUGGAUCGUUUCGAUUUUGGUGCUCGCCUCGAUUGCCGGUCCCAUACCUACGGCUUGGGCAGUUGACAAGUUCGGACGCAAGUACACCAUGUUGUUCGCUGCCAUUCCGACCAUCGUCGGUUGGGUGCUGAUCGGAGUAGCACAGUCCGUUCCGGUGCUGUACAUCUCUCGGUUCCUGAGUGGUAUAUCGUACGGAAUGCAGUACUCCUCGAUGCCGCUUUAUCUGGGCGAAAUUGCUUCCGACACAAUCCGUGGCUCGAUCGGCACGCUUCUCACUGUGAUGGCUAAGGCAGGAAUUUUGGUAGAAUACAGUAUAGGACCAUUCGUUGGAUUUCGCACCUUAGCCUGGAUUUCGGUUGUGUUUCCGAGUGCGUUUUUUAUUCUAUUUAUGUGGAUGCCGGAAUCUCCCUAUUAUUUACUAGCGAAAAACGAUCAAACAUCGGCCGCUAAAAGUUUACGCUGGCUGAGGAAACGCGAUGAAGUGGACGACGAGCUUAACAUGAUGAAGAGUGCAGUGGAAAAAUCAAAACAAAACAAGGGCACAUUCCGGGAGCUUCUAACCGCCGGCAAUAGACGUUCCUUGAUAGUGGUACUUGGUCUUGGGGCACUACAGCAGCUUUGUGGAAGUCAAGCGGUUAUAGCUUACUCGCAACAAAUUUUUGAAGAAGUUCAGAGUGGUCUCGAGGCACACGAAUCAUCAAUCAUAAUGGCUGUAAUUCAGCUAGUCACCGCAACCUUGUCAUCUUCGAUAGUCGAUCGAGCAGGUCGUAGACCCCUGUUACUGAUCUCAACGUCAGGAUGUGCGAUCGGUACAUUCAUCGUCGGUUUAUACUUUUUCCUACAACAACAAGGCGUCGCAGUACAAAGUGUCAGUUGGAUUCCGUUGAUAGUAAUAAUGCUAUACAUUAUCUCCUACACGAUCGGUCUCGCGACGGUACCCUUUGCCGUAUUAGGAGAGCUGUUUCCGGCCAAUGUGAAAGCAGUUGCUGCAGCGAUGUAUACCAUGUUUGCUUCAGCCGUCGGCUUUGGAGUUGCCAAAUUGUACCAGGUGAUAUCCGAUGAGCUAGGGACGUACGUUUCGUUUUGGAUUUUCGCGUUGUGCUCAUCGUUGUUCGUAAUAUUUGUGUAUUUGCUGGUUCCCGAGACUAAAGGUAAACCGUUGGAUCAAAUUCUCGAGGAAAUGCGCUUUUCACAGAACCGAAGUCUGACCAACUGCUGUAAACGAGGAAAAACGGUUAAACUCUAAAAAAAAAAACUCUUUCAAAACAAUGUUGAAAGUGCUCUUUUGU